AUGCUGAAACUGCCGUUCGCCGAGAUGGACAACGACGGACUAUCGCUAAAUGACCUGACGCCUGCGGACCGAAUGCGUGUGCAGCUCAAUAAGGGAAAGACGGCAUUGCAUCUUGCUGCUCAUGUGGGCGAGGACGAAAUUGCCAAGAUUCUUUUGGGAGAUAGUGGAAUAAGGAAUCUUCAGGAUUGUAAUGGCUGGACGGCUCUGCAUUGGGCGGUUGACAACGAACAUGAAAACACCGUCCGGACUCUCUUAGAUGCUGGUGUUGAUGCUGGUGUUCAUUCCUUCGACGCAUGCACGCCGCUUGAUAUAGCAGAAGUUGGGGGUCUAAAAACAAUGGAGCAGAUGCUGCGAAAGGCAUUAGCAGCGAGAAAUAGACCAACUGUCGGUGGCGCGCCUCCAUGA